AGAUCAGCCUGAACUGCAUGUAAAUUUGUUACAGGUGCGAUGGAUGACGUUAAACUGAGUGACCAGGCAAAAAAAUGGGUGGAGAAGACCCUUAAGGACUCAUCAAGAAAGUCAUUGAAGAUUGUUGGAAAAGAAGCUCAUUCUUUAGCCCGGAAACAGAAUAUGAGAGUGCAGUUGCAGUAUGGUAAGUGGGAAGGGUAUCGAAUUUUGGACUAUGCCGUGAGAAAUGGACAUGAGUUUCUUUUCACCGUUCUGCUUGAAGAAUUUCAAACAGAGCCAAAUUUUCAGGACUCCUUCAAUGGCACAACUGCUCUACACCAUGCUGCAGCCACGGGCCAGAUCAAAAUGAUUGAGACCCUGGUGAAAAACUAUGUGUGGCAUCAAGGCUAAAGACCGUGGGGGUUCAACUCCAUUGUGCUUUGCUAUAUCAUUUGCUCAAAAUGCCUCACUACGUAUGCUAUUGAAGUAUGGAGCUUCUAUUGAAGUGGAGAGCUUUCUUGGUAUGCCAAUCCACUUGGCUACACACAUAGGCAAUAUUGUCCGCAUAUUGCACAAAGCAAAUCCUGAUGUAGUAAAUUCUGAGGUGUAUGGAUUUUGUACUCCACUUGUUGCCGCGGCAUUUUAUGAUUCAACUGAUUGCUUCAAAUAUCUUGUUGAGGCUGCUGAUAUAAAUGCGAAACACUUGAUGUACAAGGUCAUUUGCUACUCUGACUCUGAAGAACGUUCGCUGGAACGCGUUGACAUUCUUCUGAAGCGUGAAAUGAGCCCGAAUUUUUUUGAUAAGGAUAUACUAUAUGAGGAGCUACUGUUAUAA